GCGGGCGCGUUCCCGUUAGCUGCAGGGGUGUGGUAGAUUCAGCGGCUUGCGUAAUUCAUCCGCAUCGUUGGAAAAGGAAGUGCAGCCAUGAUGCAGGCUCUCAGAGACCGGUUCGAGAAGUUCCUCAAAGAGAAGAACCUGCUGACGGACGUUCUGGCCAAAGUGGAGGCUAAAACCGGAGUCAACCGGACCAUCAUCGCUUCCGGUGUGAUCCUGAUCAUCGCCGUUUACCUGGUGGUGGGAUACGGAGCCUCCCUGCUGUGUAACCUGAUCGGAUUUCUGUAUCCUGCGUACAUAUCGAUUAAGGCCAUUGAAAGCGCCACCAAAGAUGACGAUACCAAGUGGCUGACCUACUGGGUGGUGUACGGGGUCUUCAGCGUGGCUGAGUUCUUCGCAGACAUCUUCCUCUCCUGGUUCCCAUUCUACUACAUCGGAAAGUGUGCCUUCCUGGUGUGGUGCAUGGCCCCAACUCCCUCCAACGGAUCGGUCCAGAUUUACAACCGCAUCAUCCGACCGUUUUUCCUCAAGAAUGAAUCUAAGAUCGAUGAUGCGAUGAAGAACCUGAAGGACAAAGCAUCUGAAGCUGCUGACAAAAUGAAAGAUGAAGCCAAGAAAGUCACCGCAAACAUCAUGUUUGAGGAGAAGAAGAGCUCCUGAGAAGGAGGCGUAACCUCAGAGUCAACUCCGGAUGCAGAAGAAAUGAGGCCUUGAAUGUUUGUUUUUCAGUAAUCAGGUUUAGUGUGAAACCUUCAGCUUCAUGCCAGCUGUAUUUCAUGUUACAUCACAGUUAAAAUCCCUUCACAUGUUUGCUUCAUCCUUUAAGUGCUCUCAGACAUGCAGCCUGUACCGUCAACCAAAUAAAAUCUAACAGUCUCA